CGUGCGUCCUGGAGAGCGUGUUGCAAUCUGGUUCCUAAGGAGGAAGAGGAAGGCAGCCCUGGAGUGGUUUCUUUACAGUAAUUUCAACAGAAGAGUGAGAGAUGGAACCCGAAGAAGAAAGGAUUCGUUACAGCCAGAGAUUGCGUGGUACCAUGCGACGACGCUAUGAAGAUGAUGGCAUUUCAGAUGACGAAAUUGAAGGGAAAAGAACUUUUGACUUGGAAGAGAAACUUCACACCAACAAAUAUAAUGCAAAUUUUGUUACUUUUAUGGAGGGAAAAGAUUUUAAUGUAGAGUAUAUUCAGCGGGGUGGCUUAAGAGACCCUCUGAUUUUCAAGAAUUCGGAUGGACUUGGAAUAAAGAUGCCAGAUCCAGACUUCACUGUGAAUGAUGUCAAAAUGUGUGUGGGGAGUCGUCGCAUGGUGGACGUCAUGGAUGUGAACACACAGAAAGGCAUUGAAAUGACCAUGGCUCAGUGGACACGCUACUAUGAGACCCCAGAGGAGGAGCGAGAAAAACUCUAUAAUGUCAUCAGCCUGGAGUUCAGCCACACCAGGCUGGAGAAUAUGGUGCAGAGGCCCUCCACGGUGGAUUUCAUUGACUGGGUAGACAACAUGUGGCCGAGGCAUUUGAAGGAAAGUCAGACUGAAUCAACAAAUGCCAUCUUGGAGAUGCAGUACCCCAAAGUGCAGAAGUACUGUCUAAUGAGUGUUCGAGGCUGCUAUACUGACUUCCAUGUGGACUUUGGUGGUACCUCUGUUUGGUAUCACAUCCAUCAAGGGGGAAAGGUCUUCUGGCUCAUCCCCCCUACAGCCCACAACCUGGAGCUGUACGAGAAUUGGCUGCUGUCAGGGAAACAGGGAGACAUCUUUCUGGGUGACCGGGUAUCAGAUUGUCAGCGCAUUGAGCUCAAGCAGGGCUAUACCUUCGUCAUUCCCUCAGGCUGGAUUCAUGCUGUGUAUACUCCUACAGACACAUUAGUCUUUGGAGGCAAUUUUUUACAUAGCUUCAAUAUCCCCAUGCAGUUAAAAAUAUACAACAUUGAAGAUCGGACACGGGUUCCAAAUAAGUUCCGCUAUCCAUUCUACUAUGAGAUGUGUUGGUACGUGUUGGAGCGCUAUGUGUACUGCAUAACCAACCGCUCCCACCUAACUAAGGAAUUUCAAAAAGAGUCCCUCAGUAUGGAUUUGGAGUUAAAUGGGUUGGAAUCUGGAAAUGGGGAUGAGGAAGCAGUGGAUCGAGAGCCAAGGCGCCUGAGCAAUAGGCGUUCUGUCCUCACUAGCCCUGUAGCCAAUGGGGUCAACCUGGAUUAUGACGGACUGGGCAAAACCUGCCGAAGCCUUCCAAGUCUGAAGAAAAGCUUGUCAGGGGACUCAUCCUCUGACUCUAGCCGGGGUUCCCACAAUGGCCAAGUGUGGGAUCCCCAGUGUAGCCCCCGAAAGGAUAGGCAGGUGCAUCUGACCCAUUUUGAGCUUGAAGGCCUUCGCUGUCUUGUAGAUAAGUUGGAGUCUCUGCCACUGCACAAGAAAUGUGUCCCCACAGGGAUAGAGGAUGAAGAUGCUCUCAUUGCUGACGUAAAGAUUUUGCUGGAGGAGCUUGCCAACAGCGAUCCCAAGUUAGCCCUCACUGGAGUCCCUAUAGUACAGUGGCCAAAAAGGGAUAAGCUUAAAUUCCCCGCCCGGCCCAAGGUGCGGGUUCCUACCAUCCCCAUCACAAAGCCUCACACUAUGAAACCGGCUCCUCGAUUAACACCUGUGAGGCCGGCCGCUGCCUCCCCCAUCGUGUCAGGAGCCAGGCGGAGGCGAGUGCGCUGUCGAAAAUGCAAAGCCUGUGUGCAAGGAGAGUGUGGCGUGUGCCACUACUGCAGGGACAUGAAGAAGUUCGGGGGGCCUGGUCGCAUGAAGCAGUCCUGCGUCCUUCGGCAGUGCCUGGCACCCAGACUGCCUCACUCCGUCACAUGUUCCCUCUGCGGAGAGGUGGAUCAAAAUGAGGAAACACAGGACUUCGAGAAGAAACUCAUGGAAUGCUGUAUCUGCAACGAGAUUGUUCAUCCUGGCUGCCUCCAGAUGGACGGAGAGGGGCUGCUUAAUGAGGAAUUGCCAAAUUGCUGGGAGUGUCCAAAGUGCUACCAGGAGGACAGCUCGGAGAAAGCCCAGAAGCGGAAAAUGGAAGAGAGUGAUGAAGAAGCCGUGCAAGCCAAAGUCCUGCGGCCCCUGCGGAGCUGCGACGAGCCCCUCACGCCCCCGCCUCACUCACCCACUUCCAUGCUACAGCUCAUCCAUGACCCGGUUUCCCCUCGGGGUAUGGUGACUCGGUCAUCCCCUGGGGCUGGCCCCAGCGACCACCACAGUGCCAGCCGCGAUGAGCGCUUCAAACGGCGGCAGUUGCUGCGGCUACAGGCCACAGAGCGCACCAUGGUACGGGAAAAGGAGAACAAUCCCAGCGGCAAAAAGGAGCUGUCUGAAGUUGAGAAAGCCAAGAUCCGGGGAUCGUACCUCACUGUCACGCUGCAGAGGCCCACCAAAGAGCUCCACGGGACAUCCAUUGUGCCCAAGCUGCAGGCCAUCACGGCCUCCUCUGCCAACCUUCGCCAUUCCCCCCGCGUGCUAGUACAGCACUGCCCAGCCCGAACCCCCCAGCGUGGGGAUGAGGAGGGGCUGGGGGGAGAGGAGGAGGAAGAGGAGGAGGAGGAGGAGGAAGAUGACAGUGCAGAGGAGGGGGGUGCAGCCAGGCUGAAUGGCCGGGGCAGUUGGGCUCAGGAUGGAGACGAAAGCUGGAUGCAGCGGGAGGUCUGGAUGUCUGUCUUCCGCUACCUCAGCCGCAGAGAACUUUGUGAAUGUAUGCGAGUGUGCAAGACGUGGUAUAAAUGGUGCUGCGACAAGAGACUUUGGACAAAAAUUGACUUGAGUAGGUGUAAGGCUAUUGUACCCCAGGCUCUCAGUGGCAUCAUCAAGAGGCAGCCAGUUAGCCUGGACCUCAGUUGGACCAACAUCUCCAAAAAACAACUGACAUGGCUCGUCAAUAGACUGCCAGGACUGAAAGACCUCCUCCUCGCAGGCUGUUCCUGGUCUGCGGUCUCUGCCCUCAGCACCUCCAGCUGCCCCCUUCUCAGGACCCUUGAUCUUCGGUGGGCAGUGGGAAUCAAGGACCCACAAAUUCGGGACUUGCUGACUCCACCGGCUGAUAAACCAGGUCAGGACAAUCGCAGCAAGCUCCGGAACAUGACCGACUUCCGGCUGGCAGGCCUUGACAUCACGGAUGCCACGCUUCGCCUCAUCAUUCGCCACAUGCCCCUCCUUUCUCGACUCGACCUCAGUCACUGCAGCCACCUGACAGAUCAGUCCUCCAAUCUGCUCACCGCUGUCGGGUCUUCCACUCGCUACUCCCUCACAGAGCUCAACAUGGCAGGUUGCAAUAAAUUGACAGACCAGACCCUGAUCUACCUACGGCGCAUCGCCAAUGUCACCUUGAUUGACCUUCGAGGAUGUAAGCAGAUCACUCGAAAAGCCUGCGAGCACUUCAUCUCAGACUUGUCCAUCAACAGUCUCUACUGCCUGUCUGACGAGAAGCUGAUACAGAAGAUCAGCUAAAACACACGCAGCCCAGACUGAACAGGAAACCGAUCUUCCCCUGACUCCCCAGCCAGGAGAGCCUCUCUCCCCGACCCUGCACGGGCUCUGAGGCCAGCGUCACACUCCCUCUCUGCUCUCCUGUCCCUUGAGCCCUUUCCCUACAGGCUGGGCAGAGAGGGUGGUAGACACCAGGCUUACCUGCCUGCUCCUCUCCCUCCUAAGGAGAAAGGAGUAGCAGAUUGAUCCGAAUCCGAGGGGAAAGCACAGGCUGUGUGCUGUCAAGGUGCCUGCUCGCUUGCUCGCCUGCCCGCCCGCCUGCUCACUCCCCGGCCAGGAGGCCGGGCUCUCAGUUUGAGGUGUCUGUGCAACCGUCAUCUGUGCUGGGCCCUGGGGCCCUGCUCCCCAUCAUCCAUGGUCCCCAGCCGUGCCUGGUUCUGAGCAAAUCUCCAGGGAAGAAAGCGGCCCUGUCUCCAUGGCCAGGUUCUCCUUGUGGUGUCCAGUGCGUGUCUCUCCUCUGCCACACUCUCCCCGCAUAUGCAGGAGGGGCUAGCAGCCCCAGGAAGGCUAGACCCGUGCCCAUCAUACUGGUGCUGUUGAGGUGUCAAACCUCUCGUCCGUGUCCACGCCCUCCCCCUCCCUACAGCUCGAUCCUGUCCGAUGCUCGUGGUAGUUCACGUAAUGAGGUUACCCCACCCCAGACUUGCCCACUAGUCUCUAUGAGGUCCUUGUUGCACUUAUUGGGGUUGAAGCUCUUCAGAGGAGCCGGAACUGUGUACCCCAGGGACACCCCUGUUUUAUUGCUUCCUAGGCAGAUUCUGAGACCGGCACCAUCUCCUUGUUCCCCUCCCUCAUUAGCCUCCCACUGCCCUUCCCACGUGUUCCUCCUUCCUGCCUGGACAGGACUUUCCCAGGAUGCGUGUCCUCAGAGGGAGCAGCCGAUAUCCCCCAGCCGGGGAGAGCAGAGAGCUGGGCUCGGUCCCGUCUGCCUCCCAGCAGGCUCUGGGUCUCCAGUGGGUGUAGCCCCCGGAGCCCAGGCCGCCAGUUCGCCCCAGUGGCUCACUGAUCUGGCACCUUGUGGGGGGUAGGGGGUCCUGCUUUGAAGCCAGUCACCUGCCCUCUGCCUGCAGCCGUGGAAGGGGGUGUGCAUGUGCCUCUGUGUGUGUGGCUGAGUGUAUUACACGUGUGUGUGGAGGGAGGGAGGGGAGCGUGGUGUCUCCCACUCCACCGCCCUGUGUUGAGCCCCAUCAGCUGCCCCCUUUUACUUUGCAUUGAACGGCCUGUCCAAAGAUCCUCUCUCUAGGGCAGCAGAGAGCUUUUUGCACUUUAAAAAAAAAAAAAAAAAA